CGGGCCGCCCCGGCUCCCCCCCCCCCACUUUUCUCCCCGAGCCCUGCCGCCUCCCGUGGUGCACACCUCCGCCUUCCUCCCCCUUCCUCCUCCUUCCUCCUCCUCCCGCUGCUGACGUGUGGCGCUGCCCGGCUGAAAACUCGGCGCCGCGGCGGAUGCGGCGGCUCUCGGCAGCGCGGCGGCGGCGAAGAUGGUGGCGGCUCCGUGCGCCCGCCGGCUGGCGCGGCGCUCCCGCUCGGCGCUGGUGGCGGCGCUCACCGUGCUGCUGCUGCAGACCCUCCUCGUCUGGAAUUUCACCUCCCUCGACGCCGGCGAGGAGCAGCAGCGCGGAGGGGCCGGUCGAGAGAAGAGAGACCGCGGCGGUGCUGCCGGCGGGGAGAACCGGGAGCACCCGCAGCGCCGCGGAGCCGGCGCCCUGCACGGCAAGGCCAUGGAUGGCUAUUUUUCCCACCGACCGAAAGAGAAAACACGAACGGACAGCAAUAAUGAAAAUUCAGUCCCCAAGGACUUUGAAAACAUUGAUAACAGUAACUUUGCUCCCAGGACUCAGAGACAAAAACACCAGUCAGAGCUGGUGAAAAAACCCCUAAGCAAGCAAAAGGAGCAUCUGAGAAAGAAACUGGAAGAGGAGAAAGUGAAGGAGAACUCACUGCUGGAAAAGAGCUCCAAUGAGGUGGUGCAAUUGGGCGAUCAGCCUGGGAAAAAUAACAGCAGCAACAGCAACCUGAAGGACAUGCAGAGGCCUCCCAGGCAGCAUCAUCUCACAAAAAGCGGAAACAGCUCCCCUGAAGUGCGAUACGACCAGCCGCCAAAGUGCGAGGUAACGGGCAAAGAGGCAAUCUCAGCCAUGUCCCGGGCUAAGUCGAAGCAGUGCCGACAGGAGAUCGCAGAGGUAUACUGCCAGCACAAGCACGGGAAGCUGAUGCCGGAGAAGGUGACACGUUUCUGUGCGCUGGAGGGAAAAGCCAACAACAAUGUGCAGUGGGAUGAGGACUCCGUAGAGUACAUGCCAGCCAACCCAGUCAGGAUCGCAUUUGUCUUGGUUGUUCAUGGCAGAGCUUCUCGGCAGCUCCAACGCAUGUUUAAGGCUAUUUACCAUAAAGACCAUUUUUAUUACAUUCAUGUUGACAAGCGAUCCAAUUACUUACACCGACAAGUGCUCCAGUUUGCUAACCAGUACCCAAAUGUGAGAGUCACUUCUUGGAGAAUGGCAACUAUCUGGGGAGGAGCAAGCCUUCUGUCUACCUACCUGCAGAGCAUGAGGGACUUAAUGGAGAUGAAUGACUGGCCAUGGGAUUUCUUCAUUAACCUCAGCGCUGCCGACUACCCAAUCAGGACAAAUGACCAGCUAGUAGCAUUCCUGUCUAGAUACCGUAAUAUGAACUUCUUGAAGUCACACGGCAGGGACAAUGCAAGAUUUAUUCGAAAACAGGGACUGGAUCGGCUUUUCCUGGAGUGCGAUACGCACAUGUGGCGCCUGGGGGACCGGAAGAUCCCAGAGGGAAUUGCUGUCGAUGGAGGGUCGGACUGGUUUCUUCUCAACAGAAAGUUUGUGGAGUAUGUGACUUUUUCCAACGAUGAUCUUGUAACAAAGAUGAAGAGGUUUUAUUCUUACACAUUGCUGCCUGCUGAGUCCUUCUUUCACACUGUUCUGGAAAAUAGCCCAUACUGUGACUCCAUGGUGGACAACAAUCUGCGCAUCACAAACUGGAAUCGUAAACUUGGCUGCAAGUGUCAGUACAAGCACAUCGUUGACUGGUGUGGCUGUUCACCUAAUGACUUCAAACCAGCAGACUUCCACAGAUUCCAGCAGACUGCCAGGCCGACUUUCUUUGCCCGCAAAUUUGAAGCUGUGGUCAAUCAGGAGAUAAUUGGCCAGCUGGAUUAUUACCUGUAUGGCAACUACCCGUCUGGCACCCCCGGCCUCCGGGCAUACUGGGAGAACGUGUACGACGAGCCUGAUGGCGUGCACACCCUCAGCGACGUUGCGCUCACCAUGUACCAUGCAUUCUCCCGCCUGGGCCUGCGGAGAGCCGAGACUUCAUUUCACACUACUGGAGACAACAGCUGCCGAUACUAUCCCAUGGGCCACCCAGUUUCCGUCCACCUUUACUUCCUUGCUGACCGUUUCCAAGGUUUCCUAAUUAAACACCAUGCCACCAACCUGGCUGUCAGCAAACUAGAGACUUUGGAAACGUGGGUAAUGCCAAAGAAAGUCUUUAAGAUCGCAAGUCCACCCAGUGAUUUUGGAAGGUUACAGUUCUCAGAGAUCGGCACCGAGUGGGACGCCAAGGAAAGGCUUUUCCGGAACUUUGGAGGACUGCUUGGGCCAACAGAUGAGCCAGUUGGCAUGCAGAAAUGGGGGAAAGGCCCCAACGUCACCGUUACUGUCAUUUGGGUGGAUCCAGUCAAUGUAAUAGCAGCAACGUAUGAUAUUCUUAUUGAAUCCAGUGCAGAAUAUACUCACUACAAACCACCUUUGAAUUUGCCCCUGCGACCUGGUGUCUGGACAAUAAAAAUUCUGCACCACUGGGUACAGGUAGCUGAAACCAAAUUCCUCGUUACUCCUCUCACCUUCUCAAAUCGGCAGCCUAUCAAACAAGGAGCCUGAUUCUACACAUUUCUCACCAGAACAGCUAACUUACUGAUUUCUUCUUCUUACAUUUGGUGGCAUCAUUUCUUAAGCAGAAACUAAACCAUGGACAACCUGCUGCUGUUAUUAGGUAAUAGAUAGUGAUACAUUUUGAAGGAACACCAUGUGUAGAAGAAAUACAUUUUUUAAGUUUGAGGCAACCUACUUCUAAGCACAGCUGUUACUGACUUGUCUCCCGUAAAUAAUGAAUUCCAUGCUCCUUGCUAAUUUAACAGUUAAGGCAUAAAUUGGAUUGAAAAUGUGGCACGCAGCCAGCAACCUUGCUGCUUUUUGAUAUAAUGGGAGAAUGCAGUGGAAAGUCAAGUGUGUCUCAGACUUCAACCGGGAGUCCAUACUUUAUGGUGUAAAGCUAAAAGUGUCUUUGGUCCAAACUCUAAAUCUCAAAUAAUUCCACUGAUACUAUGGAGCCACUCCAUAUUGCCACAUAUAACAAAGAAAAAGUUGGCACAUUGGUUGACCAGGAGAAGAUCUGGCUCAUAUUUGUUGUUAAAGAGCCCUAUUCAUUCACAUGGCAAUGAGAAUCUGCUGUAGGAAUGAAAUACAAAGUUUGGGAACAAUAUUAUCUAGGAAAAAACCCUCAGGAGUGAUUUGCUACUGAUGCUGGGAUGCAUAAUCUCCAUGUGUCUGAGGCAUGGAGGUAAAGGAGAAAAUUAAUUACAGGGCAGAUAGUGACACUCCAUUCCAGUUAGAAUUAUAUUUACAAUGCAAAUUUUUGGGUGUUUUGUUUGUUUGUUUCAAGGCUUUCUGUCUGACUGACACUAUUGUGCUCUGUGCUGGCAAUUGUCAUUUAGCUUUGAUUUCCAGCUUUUGUCAGUUUGUCACCACUUUAUUACUUAAAUAUAUUUUUCUCUGCCAAAUAAAGGCAUUGUGAGAGUAUGACAGAAGAAUUAGAACUUCUAAAAGAAUAAUUUCUGUUACUGUUGUAGACAAUGUGAAAGCUGCCAAAAUCUCCUAAAAUGAAGGAAUAGUAUUAUUGUCUUGUCCUAACACUGAAAAUAAAACACGCAUCAGACUUAGCUGGGAGCUGUAAGCAGAAGAGAGGAGUAUGCUUUUUUAGGGAUUGUUUGGAAUGCUGUUCUUCCCACCAUCUUCUUCUUUCACCCUCAAUUAAUAAUAAUAAUUAAAAAAAAAAAAGCUGUAUAACUCUUGUUAGAAAGGUCUCCCUUACAGAUAACUUGUUACUCCAGCAACUUUUUUCAUACCACUUUGCUUCAUUUGCUUCACAGUGAAUAGGCCCACUCUGUCUCAUAUACACCAGACAUAGAAACUGGAGUCCACAUAGUUACAUACAUAAAAAUAUGUGUUUUGUGCAUAAUGUGUCAUUCUAAAAAAUGUUUGCACAAAUCUGAUAGCAGCCACUAAACUCUUGUAUCCUGAGAGCAAGAACACAACAACUAUCACUGUAUUUCCUAAAUCACUGCAUAUCUACACGAUUUCAGCACAGAGCACAAGGUAAAGUUGCUUGUAAUUUCUCAGCAUCACGAAGGGAGCAACUUUCUCCUCUGUUAAGUAAACUGAAACGUGUUCAUUGCUGUAUCAUGACUCUUAAAAUUCAUGAUUACAAUUCAAAAUAAAAAAAUUAAUUCUGGGACAGCUACCAGCAAAGACACUUCAUUUAGCAGUUUAUAAAAACAGCAUAUGUAGCUAGUUUAUUCAUUUUCUAUUCCCAUUUAUUUAUUAAUUUUGGCCUAGAGUCUGUGCAUGCAAGUAAAACCAAGAAGGGAAAUCAGGGACAUUUUUUUUCUGUGAUAUUAUGUCCAGAUGUGCAUAACCGACAGAAUGUGAAUUGUUUAAAAACAGGGACUCAUUGCCCUUUACAAAAACUGGAUCUAUAAAAGAUCAGAGAUCAGUUCUUAUACAGCGUUUUUGAGUACACUUGGAGGUUUGAGAUGUCUCCACAGUAAGUGAGGCUCCCAAAGCUAUUUCAGUGGGAGGUUGGGAGUCCAAUGUUAUUUAUUCUUUCUUGCUCCUCUUUCUCUACCAGGCAUCCAAAUCUGGGCCUGUUUUCUCUGAGUUCUGUCAGGGAUCAGUUUUGCCUUUCAGCAGAUCCUUCUGGCUCAAGAGUGCCUUCAAGUGUUUGCUUGGUUGGAGUUAAUGGAGAAAGAAGGGAAAAAAGACGGGGUCCAGGGGGUGGAACACAUGAAAUAUGUGAAUUUGCCAGGUAACUCAUUUGGAGAAAUCAGGUUUGGCUUCAUUUGGUCCACCAGUGUCUCCUUCCCCCUACAUCCCUCACAGCCAGAUUCUCUUCUCUUCUUCUAACUGGCGAUUUCGGAGUUUCUCACCAUAUGGCCGAGUGUGUUAAAGCCAAGAACCCCAUGCUCACUGUAAGGACAUGGGAGAGCUGCCAAGGACCAUCAGGGUGCCCCAGGACUGCAUCGUGCCAAGACAGAAAGGGAGUGUAACAUGGAGGAGACAGAACAGGGAGAAGAUGACUAGAAGAUCACUAGCAGUGACCAUACACAGAACGGGGCUUUCUUACUGUCUGUUUUCAGCAGCAUGAGUUCAGAGACUCGAGACUUGAUGUCCAGGUCCCCUGCACAGGGACCGGAGAGGCAGAGGCAAACCACAGGCAUAAUCCAGGCCAUUUAACCAGCAGUUCUCAGACUCAUCCAAGCUACCAAGUAUAUUUCAAUUCCCGUGAAAACACAGCAAAUUCAGUAGAGGCUAGAUCUGCAUUUUCAUCAUCCCCCUUUCCCACCCGUUGGUGCUGUGCAAAGUCUGUGCGAAGCGCUCGUGCCAGGUGUGAUCACACACAGCUCCCAGGAGCACGGAGAGGUGCAGGGAAAAAGCCAAAGCAAUUUCAUUUUCACAUUUGAGUUUAUAUUCACGGCAAAGUUUCCGCAGUGAUCUCCCAGCUGGAGUGAUGCUAAUGAGUUGUCAUGCAUUUAAUGUAUAGUACCCGUUUCAUUAAACCUAAAUAGGUUACUGUGAGCCAGUGGGCAGAUUCACUUCUGGGGCAGAUAAAGCCCCAAACCUCAAGCCAAUACCAAACGCUGGAUUGAAAAUAAAUAAUUAAAUGAAUUAAAAACUUCCUUCAAGUAAAGAAGGCAGAGACAGAGAGCAUCCUUUUCUUCCUCCUUCAGAGAAACCUUUCGUGUUCGGUUCCUACCACGUUCACGUGCCCCUGACGUGGGGCUUCUGCUCCCUGCUGCCCCACCACAGGGCAGGGAGCCCCGAACCCCAGCUCCUGGUCCAGUGCCCUCCAGCUACAGCUUCCUCUUUCAAAGGCUUGACGGCAUCCUGUGAUGCACACGCAUCUCAAAAGCCUUUUAACCUAAUCCAUAUUUAUGGAUCAUCUUAAUUAAGUAUAUACUGGGAAACCUUUGUUUUGCUGUUGGUUAUUUGCAGUGGCUCAAUCAAUUCUAAUUGCAUCUAUACAGAUUAUAAAGUGGGUGGCAACUUGUGUCAGAACUGCUGUGAUUUCUUUAAAUUAACCAGCUGUAACAUGACAUGUUCUUGAUAAAUGUAGUAAUAGCAGCAGGCAGGCACAUGGCUGCAGAAGAGUAGACAUGCCCUGGAAUCGUCAUUUCAAGAAAAACCCCGAAGACAAGGAUUUGCUUCGAAAUUUAGUUCAGAUCCAGUUGACAAGGAGUCGAUUAGCUUCACAAUGAGCAAAUGCAGCACUGUCUUGUUUGCUGCAAGAGAAAACAAACCAAAUGUCAAUAAAAAAAUUACCUCUUUGCCAGAGGGUUUCAACAUGAUUCAAGUAAAGAAAUAAAGCUGUAUGUUCUGUGUUGCUUUAAAAAAAGCACAGGUCUAGCGCCUUAAUGUGUGUACCAAGGUAAUCACAUUUUUCAUUCCUUGGCCCACUCUCUGUCUAAACUCAUUUGCUUUUUCUGCAAAAUGAAGAACAAACCCACACAAAAAUGCUGAAAUCUCAGCCUGUGCAGCUGACUACAGGCUGUGUGUUCGGUCCAAAGAAGUUAUACUAAGAAAUGUCAGUUGAGAAAUGAAAUACCCUCCCAGAGUGA